AUGCAGCGAGCACUUUCUUCAGUAACCCGUGCCUCCACUGCGCCAACAUCUUUCUCCAAACUACGAACAGGACGCAACCUACAGCAACUGCGAUUUGCGCACAAGGAGCUUAAGUUUGGUGUCGAAGGUCGAGCAGCUUUGCUCAAGGGUGUGGAUACUUUAGCAAAGGCUGUCUCAACCACACUUGGCCCUAAAGGCAGGAACGUAUUGAUCGAGUCCAGCUAUGGCUCACCAAAAAUCACAAAAGAUGGCGUAACUGUCGCGAAAGCUAUUUCGCUGCAGGAUAAGUUUGAAAAUCUUGGAGCUCGCUUGCUACAAGAUGUUGCGUCGAAAACCAACGAAGUCGCCGGUGAUGGUACAACUACUGCCACAGUCCUCGCUAGAGCAAUAUUUUCUGAGACCGUCAAGAACGUUGCUGCUGGCUGCAAUCCGAUGGACCUCCGCAGAGGAAUUCAGGCUGCAGUCGACGCCGUUGUUACAUUCCUUAGGGCCAACAAACGUGAUAUCACAACAGGGGAGGAGAUUGCACAAGUAGCAACCAUCUCGGCCAAUGGUGAUACUCACGUUGGCAAGCUGAUCUCUAAUGCAAUGGAGAAGGUUGGCAAAGAGGGUGUAAUUACGGUCAAAGAAGGAAAGACGUUGGAGGACGAGCUUGAUGUCACGGAAGGAAUGCGGUUUGACCGAGGCUUUACAUCACCCUACUUCAUUACAGAUACCAAGGCACAAAAGAUCGAAUUCGAAAAGCCCCUUAUACUCCUCUCCGAAAAGAAGAUCUCCGCCGUUCAAGACAUUAUCCCCGCCCUUGAAGCCUCGACCCAGCUACGACGCCCGCUUGUGAUCAUUGCCGAAGACAUCGAUGGAGAAGCUUUGGCCGUUUGCAUCUUGAACAAGCUUCGUGGCCAGCUUCAAGUUGCUGCAGUUAAAGCGCCGGGCUUUGGAGAUAAUCGAAAGAGCAUACUUGGUGACAUUGGAAUUCUGACGAACGCCACCGUUUUCACUGACGAGCUUGAGAUCAAGCUUGAGAAAGCUACUCCGGAUAUGCUCGGGUCAACUGGUUCGAUCACCAUCACUAAGGAGGACACAAUUAUUUUGAACGGAGAAGGAAGCAAGGAUGCUAUUGCACAAAGAUGUGAACAGAUCCGUGGCGUCAUGUCAGAUCCCUCUACGUCGGAAUACGAGAAAGAGAAGCUCCAGGAACGACUUGCCAAACUCUCCGGUGGUGUUGCUGUCAUCAAGGUUGGAGGAGCAUCUGAGAUCGAAGUCAGUGAGAAGAAGGACCGAGUGGUGGACGCCCUUAACGCUACGCGUGCCGCUGUAGAGGAAGGAAUCCUUCCUGGCGGUGGGACAGCAUUGCUGAAAGCCGCUGCUAACGGCCUUACCCAAGUCAAGCCCAGCAAUUUCGACCAGCAGCUUGGUGUAAGCAUCAUCAAGAGCGCCAUCACUCGUCCUGCCAAAACAAUUGUCGAAAACGCUGGCAUGGAAGGCAGUGUAAUUGUUGGCAAGCUGAUGGAUGAUUUUGGGGCGGACUUCAAUAAGGGUUACGACAGCUCGAAGAGCGAAUAUGUGGAUAUGCUUGCUUCUGGUAUCGUGGAUCCGUUCAAGGUCGUCCGUACAGCUCUAGUCGACGCCAGCGGUGUUGCGUCACUACUCGGCACAACAGAGGUUGCAGUUGUGGAGGCGCCAGAAGAGAAGAGCCCCGCAAUGCCUGGUGGAGGUAUGGGUGGUGGUAUGGGCGGUAUGGGCGGCGGCAUGUUCUAG